GCGGGGUGGGGCGGGGGCGGCCCCGGCGGGGACCGGGCUGCUCCGGGGACCGGAGGCGGGUCGGGUCGGGCCGGGGCGGGGGGUGGUUGGUGGUGGGGGGGGGGGUGGGGGGUCCGUCCCGUUGCCCCCCGCCGGUGCCCCCCCCCGCCGCUGCCUCCAUGCAGGGGAUGGGGAGCCUGCGGCUGGGCAGCCGCGCCGUCAUGUACACGGCAGAGACCCUGCCCAAGGGCAAGAACCGAGUGAUGGGGACCAUCCAGAUCAUGACGGGCUUCAUGCACAUCGGCUUCGGCAUCGUCCUGACGAUGCUCACCAACGUCUACACCUCCGUCUUCGUCAUCGGCGAGAUCCCCUUCCUGGGUGGCGUGUCUUUCAUCAUCUCAGGCUGCCUCUCCAUCGGGGCGGAGAAGAGCCCCACGGAGUGCGCGGUGAAGGGCAGCCAGACCAUGAACGUCAUCAGCGCCAUCUUCGCUCUGCUGGGCAUCGUCGCCUUCAUCGUAGACCUCAACCUCAACGGGCUCUACCGCUCCACCUUCGACUACGAGGGCUAUCUCGUCCUGGGAACGGGAUCUCCAUCGUGCUGCUCAUCUUCACCAUCCUGGAGUUCUGCAUCGCCGUGGCCACCGCCAAUUUCUGGUGCCGAGCCACUCGCCUCAGCUCUAACGAGGCCAUGCUCAUCGUCCCCAGCGCCACCCGGGUGGACCUGGCGGUGCCACCGGCCGACUUGCCGCAGCCGCCCAGCUACACCGAGCUGGCCGCCCCCGAAGUCUAACGAGGUGCUGCCCCCCCCCCGCCCCCCACCCCGAGGACAUCCGCCAUCCCGAAAAUGUGCCCCCCCCCACCCCCUCGCCCCCAAGCCGGCUCCCCGCGCCCAGGCCUGCGGCAUCCUCCUCCCGCCGCGCAUGGAUGGGACGCGCUGGUACCCCCCCACCCUCCGCCUCGUCCCCCCCAACCUGAAAGGCAACAAGUUCCCCCCCCGCCAUCCCCGCUCCUUCCCAAUUUGCCCUCUCCUUGCCCCCCCCCCCGCGCUGGAAUUGGGGCUUUUUGCCUGCUGGCUGCUUUGGAAAAGGGGCUUCUCCGGGGGUGGGGGGCAGGGGCUGCAUUUUGGGGCUCCGCGGGGGUUUUUCCGCCCCUAAAUUACCCCCGUUGGCUGCUGGGGUGGGUUGAGGUCGGGGUGUCGGGGACCUCCUGGAGGUCUGGUGGCCACGGAGCAGGGAGCUCGUAGAGCCCCCCCCCACCCCCCCCAACCCGAGGCAUGCCAGGAGCCGCGCCGGUAGCCGGCCCUCGGCUCAUAACCCCCCCGGCUUUAUUUUAUCUUGGAAAUAAACGCUCCGGCCAGG